AUGAACACCCAAAUUUUCUUACUUCUUUGCCUCUCACUUGUCCUAAUAAUCCCAAGUGCCAGCCAACAAUAUGCUUGCAACAAAAGCCAGUUUCCCUUCUGCAACACCUCCUUGUCUUUCGAGGACCGGGCCAAGGACCUUGUGUCACGCUUAACUCUCCAAGAAAAGGUGCAACAGCUAGUAAAUACCGCCACCGGCAUUUCUAGGCUUGGCGUGCCUCCGUAUGAAUGGUGGUCGGAGGCCCUUCACGGGGUCUCCAACGUCGGGCCGGGGACACGUUUCAAUGAAACCGUACCCGGCGCCACCAGCUUUCCGGCAGUAAUUCUAUCGGCAGCGAGCUUUAAUGCAACAUUGUGGUUCAAGAUGGGGCAAACCGUGUCAACCGAGGCUCGAGCCAUGUACAAUGUGGGUCUAGCCGGGUUGACAUAUUGGAGUCCUAAUGUCAAUGUGUUCCGUGACCCAAGAUGGGGCCGUGGCCAGGAAACUCCCGGAGAAGACCCUUUGGUGGUGUCCAAAUAUGCCGUGAAUUAUGUCCGGGGUUUACAAGAAGUGGGUGAUGAGGAAGGAAAUUCUACUGCAAAUAGGAGGCUUAAGGUUUCUAGUUGCUGCAAGCAUUACACUGCUUAUGAUGUUGAUAAAUGGAAAGACAUUGAUCGAUUUCACUUUGAUGCAAAGGUGACAAAGCAGGACCUUGAGGACACCUAUCAGCCACCAUUCAAAAGCUGUGUAGAGGAGGGACAUGUAAGCAGUGUGAUGUGUUCCUAUAACAGGGUGAAUGGGAUUCCCACCUGUGCUGAUCCUGACCUUCUAAAAGGAGUAGUCAGAGAUGAAUGGAGUCUAGAUGGAUACAUUGUUUCAGACUGUGACUCAGUUGAGGUUUAUUACAAUGACAUCCAUUACACUGCAACACCUGAGGAUGCAGUAGCCCUUGCCUUGAAAGCAGGUUUAAACAUGAAUUGUGGAGAUUAUCUAGGAAAGUACACAGAGAAUGCAGUUAACCUGAAAAAAGUGAAUGAAUCUGUGGUAGACCAAGCAUUGAUAUAUAACUACAUAGUCUUGAUGAGACUCGGGUUCUUCGAUGGGGACCCAAAAGCUCUCCCAUUUGGCAAUCUUGGGCCGUCAGAUGUGUGUACUAAUGAUAAUCAGCAAUUGGCAAUUGAUGCUGCAAGACAGGGAAUAGUGUUGCUAGACAACAAUGGAGCUCUUCCUUUGUCAAAAACUGAAACAAAGAACUUGGCAGCUAUAGGCCCCAAUGCCAAUGCCAGUAGAGUUAUGAUAAGCAACUAUGCUGGUGUACCUUGCCGCUACACAACCCCUUUACAAGGACUGCAGAAUUAUAUCUCAACUGUGAGUUAUGAGCCGGGUUGCAGUGAUGUGAAAUGUGGUGAUGAGAGCCUUAUUGGGGCGGCAGCUAAGGCUGCCGCAGCCGCCGAUGCAGUGGUGAUGGUGGUUGGGCUUGAUCAGUCUGUUGAGGCAGAGGGGCUGGAUAGAGACAACUUGACAUUGCCAGGAUUUCAAGAAAAGCUUGUGCUUCAAGUAGCUAAUGCUACAAAUGGAAGUGUGGUUCUUGUUGUUAUGUCAGCUGGUCCAAUUGACGUUUCUUUUACCAAAAAUGUGAGUAGUAUUGUGGGGAUUUUGUGGGUGGGAUAUCCAGGUCAAGCCGGUGGGGAUGCCAUAGCUCAAGUCAUAUUUGGAGACUACAAUCCAGCUGGAAGGUCCCCUUUUACAUGGUACCCACAAGCAUACGUGGAUCAAGUGCCAAUGACAGAUAUGAACAUGAGAGCCAACACCACAAGCAAAUUUCCUGGAAGAACCUAUCGAUUUUACACUGGGGAAUCCAUAUAUGAAUUUGGCCAUGGGCUAAGCUACUCAACCUUCUCCAAGGUCAUAAUAUCAGCCCCCUCCACUCUACUUGUCCAAUCAACCCCCACUUCCAAGUCCACCACCCUGCCAAAUACCGUCUCUAAUGGCCCGGCAAUCGACAUCUCAACCGUUAACUGCCAGAAUUUAACAUUCGAUCUUGUCAUUGGCGUGAAGAACAGCGGGCCAAGAGACGGCGCCCAUGUGGUGUUGGUGUUCUGGAAGCCGGCCAGCUCGGCGGAGGUAAGCGGGGCACCAAAUGUACAGCUAGUGGGGUUUGAGAGGGUGGAGGUUAAGAGAGGGAAGACAGAGUCAGUGGCAGUGAGGGUGGAUGUGUGCAAGGAACUGAGUGUUGUGGAUAGUGAAGGGAAGAGGAAGUUGGUCAUUGGACAGCAUACCAUUUUGGUUGGUUCCCCCAGUGAGCACCAAGUGAGGCAUCAUUUCAAUGUUCGGCUGGCAGGGAGUAAAGAUGCAGCCACUGGAGGCUUUGUAUCCAUGUAACUCUAGCAGCAGCAGCUAACUUGCUUGGUAAUAUCUAGUAAGAGGCAUCAUCUCAGAAGUAGCAUGAAAAGGGCAAAGAGGCUUUUUAUUUAUGUAAUUAAUGUAGCUGCAGCAUAUAUCAGCAACAUUUAUGUGUGUGUUUGGAUCAUGUCAUGGAAUUAUAGAUGUGUUGUUGGUAAUAGUUGAA